AUGGGUGGGACUGGCAGCCAGAUACACGGAGCUGUGGCUCCUGCUGGCCCCAGGCCCAUCCUGGAGAACCGGGGGCGGCUGGCAGACAAGAGGACAGUCGCCCUGCCUGCUGCCCGGAGCCUGAAGAAGGAGCGGACUCCCAGCUUCUCUGCCAGCGAUGGUGACAGCGACGGGAGUGGUCCCACCUGUGGGCGGCGGCCAGGCUUGAAGCAGGAGGAUGGCCCGCACAUCCGUAUCAUGAAGAGAAGAGUCCACACCCACUGGGACCUGAACAUCUCUUUCCGAGAGACGUCCUGCAGCCAGGACGGCAACCUUCCCACCCUCAUAUCCAGCAUCCACCGCAGCCGCCACCUCGUGAUGCCCGAGCAUCAGAGCCGCUGUGAAUUCCAGAGAGGCAGCCUGGAGAUCGGCCUGGGACCUGCAGGUGACCUGUUGGGCAAGAGGCUGGGCCGCUCCCCCCAUAUCAGCAGCGACUGCUCUUCGGAGAAGAGGGCACGAAGCGAAUCCCCCCAAGAAGCACUGCUGCUGCCGCCAGAGCUGGGGCCCAACAUGGCCCCGGAGGACCACUACCGUCGGCUCGUGUCGGCGCUGAGCGAGGCCAGCACCUUUGAGGACCCUCAGCGCCUCUACCACCUGGGCCUCCCCAGCCCCGAUCUCCUGAGGGUCCGGCAGGAGGUGGCAGCUUCAGCUCUGAGGGGCCCCAGUGGCCUGGAAGCCCACCUGCCCUCCUCCGCGGCAGGUCAGCGUCGGAAGCAGGGCCUGGCUCAGCACCGGGAGGGCGCCGCCCCAGCUGUCGCCCCGUCCUUCUCGGAGAGUGCCCGGCGAGCCCCCCGGAAAGGGGGUCCCGGCUCUGCCUCGGCCCGGCCCAGCGAGUCCAAAGAGAUGACGGGGGCUAGGCUCUGGGCACAAGAUGGCUCGGAGGACGAGCCGCCCAAAGACUCGGACGGAGAGGACCCCGAGGCGGCAGCUGCUGGGUGCCGGGGGCCCACUCCGGGCCAAGCUUCAGCUGGAGGGGCCGGCGCCGAGGGGAAGGGGCUUUUCUCAGGGUCCACACUGCCCCCUCCGCUGCCCCUGGGCUUCCCCUAUGCCGUCAGCCCCUACUUUCACACAGGCGCCGUAGGGGGACUCUCCGUGGAUGGGGAGGAGGCCCCAGCCCCCGAGGACGUCAGCAAAUGGACCGUGGAUGAUGUCUGCAACUUCGUGGGGGGCCUGUCUGGCUGCGGAGAGUACACUCGGGUCUUCAGGGAGCAGGGGAUCGACGGGGAGACCCUGCCACUGCUGACGGAGGAGCACCUGCUGAGCACCAUGGGGCUGAAGCUGGGGCCCGCCCUUAAGAUCCGGGCCCAGGUGGCCAGGCGCCUGGGCCGAGUCUUCUACAUGGCCAGCUUCCCUGUGGCUCUGCCACUGCAGCCACCAACCCUGCGGGCCCCGGAGCGAGAACUCGGCACAGGAGAGCAGCCCUUGUCCCCCAAGACGGCCACGUCCCCCUAUGGAGGGGGCCACACCCUUGCUGGUCGAGCUUCACCCAAGCAGGAGAAUGGGACUUUGGCUCUACUUCCAGGGGCCCCUGACCCUUCCCAGCCUCUGUGUUGAGGUGGCCGGGGGUACGGGGUGGGGCCACACAAAUGUGCAGGAGCCACCACUCAGUACAAUGGCCCUGCCUCCCACAGCUUUAUUUCUUUUGGUUUUGGAUGCAAAACAAAAAAUUUUGAAGGAAAAUGUGACUUCAAAGGAAAGGAGGAAAUUUCCAAAGACUUGGGGGAGUGAAUGUAGAGCCUGGUGCGGCCGAGGUCUGCAGAUGGAGGGCAGAGGUGGUGGAAGGGGCCAGGGGUCUGCAGGCCUCCCCCUGGAACUAGGACUGGUCUAGUCUCCUGACAUCAGGGUCAUCGUGUCCCGCGCGGAGCUGGCUUCAGCCCAGAGCUGUGGGGCUUCAGCAGCCACGCCAGCCCAGCACAGCUCUCAGUCCGUUUGGUCUUCCAUGCUGAAAAAUAAAUAAAGCCUG